GCCCCCACCAAAAACAAAAAUUUUUGGGGCACAAAUGGCUUCUCUGCGACUGUGUAAGUCUCUAUUCCACAGAUCGCUAGCCCAGACCCUCCACCGUGGCCAUCUCGGACCAAGCAGGGGUUCAGCGUGUACCCUGCAACGGUCCUGUGUUUCUACGAGCACCGCACGUCGUGAUGGAGAUGAGGGGAAGGCGACCAGCGAGCAACGUGGGCUGCCUCUAGACCCCGAGUGGGUCGAGAUGGCCAAGAAACAGCUCAAGGGUGCAGAUCCGGCGAAAAGACUAACGUGGCGGACACCAGAGGGCAUCAAUGUGAAGCCUCUGUACACAACAGACGAUACAAAAGACAUGGAGAAAGAACUGCCUGGCAAAUAUCCAUACACACGUGGUCCUUACCCCACAAUGUACACACAGAGGCCUUGGACCAUCAGACAGUAUGCAGGCUACAGUACAGUGGAGGAGAGUAACAAGUUCUAUAAGGAGAACAUCAGGGCUGGUCAGCAGGGACUGAGUGUCGCAUUUGACCUCCCCACCCACAGAGGGUAUGACUCCAGUAAUCCGGUGGCAGAGGGAGAUGUGGGAAUGGCUGGAGUAGCUGUGGACUCUGUGGAAGACAUGAAGAUUCUGUUCUCAGAUAUUCCUCUGGACAAGAUGUCAGUAUCAAUGACGAUGAAUGGUGCAGUUCUCCCAGUCAUGGCCAUGUUUAUUGUGGCAGCUGAAGAACAGGGAGUUAGUCCGGACCAGUUGACUGGGACGAUCCAGAAUGACAUAUUGAAGGAGUUCAUGGUCCGCAACACUUACAUCUACCCUCCAGAGUUCUCCAUGAACAUCAUCGGAGACAUCUUUAGCUACACCUCUCAGAAUAUGCCACAUUUCAACUCCAUCUCCAUCUCGGGCUACCACAUCCAGGAGGCCGGGGCUGACACUGUGCUGGAGCUAGCUUUCACUGUCGCUGACGGCCUGGAGUACUGCCGCACUGGUCUUGCUGCCGGGAUUGAUAUUGAUGCAUUUGCCCCUCGACUCUCUUUCUUCUGGGGAAUCGGCAUGAACUUCUACAUGGAGAUAGCCAAGAUGAGAGCAGCUCGCAGGUUGUGGGCUCAUCUGAUGAAGGACAAGUUUGGAGCCAAGAGUCCCAAAUCAAUGACUCUUCGUUGCCAUUCUCAGACCUCCGGAUGGUCCCUCACCGAACAGGUCCAGUACAUACAUUAUGCUUCUGACUGAACAUAAGUCUGUAACAUCCGUAAAAUUGAGAGACUGUCAAGGGCAAUCCGCUCAUCACCAUUCAUUCUGGAUCUGUGCAAAAACAGUGGUAGAAUUGUCCGCAUAGAUCCAUACAACAACAUAGUGCGGACGUGUGUGGAGGCAAUGGCGGCCAUAUUUGGAGGGACCCAGAGUCUUCACACCAACUCGUUUGACGAGGCCCUGGCCCUGCCCACUCAGUUCAGUGCCCGUAUUGCCAGAAACACUCAGAUUAUCCUACAGGAGGAGUCCCACAUCACAAAGGUGGCAGAUCCCUGGGCAGGGUCCAAUAUGAUGGAAUGUCUCACUAACGAUGUGUACGAUGCAGCACUCUCCCUCAUCAACGAGAUAGAGGAAAUGGGAGGAAUGGCAAAGGCGGUGGCAUCGGGAAUGCCGAAGAUGAGGAUCGAAGAGGCAGCAGCUAGGAAACAGGCCCGGAUUGACUCCGGGGCAGGCGGUGCUUGCUAAGAUGGAUAGAAGAAAGAGCCUACUGCUAUUAUGUGUGGUAUAUAGGGACAUGUGCAGCAAUUCAGAGUGUAUGGAGAGCUUAUUGCUAAUAAACUGUUAGUUUACAUGUGUCCGUCUCUCUGCAGAUGUGAUAGUUGGAGUGAACAAGUACAAACUAGCUAAAGAAGCGCCGGUGGAAGUUCUGUCAAUCGACAACUCGAAAGUUUUGGAAAUUCAGAAAUCCAAGCUGGGUGAGCUGAAGAGGACCAGAGAUCAGACUGGGGUCGAAGCAGCCCUCAAUGCUCUCACAGAGUGUGCAGCUGGCAAAGGAGGCAACUUGCUGGACCUCUCAGUCAAGGCAGCAAGAGCUCGAUGUACAGUUGGUGAAAUAUCAGACGCCCUUGAGAAGGUUCAUGGGCGACACACAGCAGUCCCGAGGAUGAUAAGCGGAGCCUAUGCCCAGGAGUAUGGUCAGGCAGAGGAAAUGGAGAAAGCUCUUCAGAAAGUCCAAGCGUUUGAAGAGACAGAGGGAAGAAGGCCGAGAAUACUGGUGGCUAAGGUCGGGGAGGACGGACAUGAUCGAGGCUACAAGGUCAUCGCCACUGGGUUCACGGACCUUGGGUUUGAUGUAGACAUUGGACCUCUCUUCACAACUCCGAGGGAGGUAGCGCGACAGGCAGUGGAUGCCGAUGUCCAUGUCGUUGGUAUCAGUUCACUGGCAGCUGGGCACAAGACACUCGUCCCUCGUGUGGUGGAGGAACUGAAGGGGCUGGGAAGAGAGGACAUCCUGGUGGUGUGUGGUGGAGUAAUUCCUCCCCAGGAUCACCAGUUCCUCACCGACUGUGGAGUGACUGCCAUCUACGGCCCCGGGACCAACAUCCCUGCAGCUGCCAGCCAACUGGUGGACCUCAUCCUCACUGCUCGGCAGUCUCCCGACUCCACCACUGCCUCCAGCUCUUCACAAUCAUGAUGACAUCAUACUGUUCUACUGUCGUUCAUUGAACCUUUUGUUGACUUUGACGUUGCUGUAGCGAACCAACCCCCUUCAUUUGUUGCAUCAUUAUACUGUAGCAGCGGCGUUGGGCGACAAAUUG